AAGGUCUGCAUAGCCAGUGCCCUAUAAAAAGGCGUACCACCUGCUCCAAUAGCAACAUUAAAGAGGCUGACACACCAUCUCUCAAUUGUACGCGCUAACGGAGAAAGUACCAUCCGCGCCCUUCACUCGCUCAUAAUUCCUUUAAACAACCAAAAUCUUUCGAUAACUCUGCACUGGCUUUAAGCUCAUUUCAACUUAUUUUCAUACUCCGCUGGUGCAAAGGUUGAAUCCCAGGAAGACGCACGACAAGAGCAAAAUGCACCACCGCGGCCUGCUCUUCUGCUGCUGCUGCUUCGGCUCCGACGAUAACACGGCCGAGCGCUCUCUGCUGAAACCCUCGUUGUUCCACAAGGUCGCAGGAUCGAAUUCCGAGGGGCCGCCAGAUGAAGAUUCAGUCAAGUGGUGGCGCCAGGGCUGGAACAGCGUCCGGCAGACCGGCGAACGGUCUGAAACCCUAAUGGAGAAUUAUGUCGGGCCGAAAUGGAAGCGUUUCGUUCGGAGGUGUCAAGCCGAGUUAAAAGUCAUUUGCAAUUCCAAACCCGCGAGGUUUCAUUACGAUAGAGUGAGUUAUGAGCUUAAUUUUGACGAGGGCUGUAGGAAUUUCAACGACUACAGAAAUGAGGGUUUUUCGAAGGUUUCGAAUGAAAAUGGAACGAAAAUUGUACCGCGAAUAAAUGUAUAAAACCCUGAAGAAUUUCCAAAUGCUCAGGACUUGUCUGAAUAUGACAGUGCCGAGCGGGUAAACGAGGAGAACUGUGUCGUUUUUUUCAGAAAAUUUAAUUUUUUUGGUUAUCUUUUGCUUUG